GGGCGGAGCGGGAGGGGGCCGCGGCGGCAGGGCGGGGCGGGCCUGCGCGCCGAGGGACGCGUAGACGCGUCGCCGUCCCCGCCCCCGCCGCGGUCAACCCCGCUCGCGUCCACCCGGCAGUAGGAGCGGCCCCGGGCGGCGGCGCGACGGUCCCCGCCAUGUCUGCGGCCAUGAGGGAGAGGUUCGACCGGUUCCUGCACGAGAAGAACUGCAUGACUGACCUCCUGGCCAAGCUCGAGGCCAAAACCGGCGUGAACCGCAGCUUCAUCGCGCUUGGUGUCAUCGGACUGGUGGCCUUGUACCUGGUGUUCGGCUAUGGAGCCUCUCUCCUCUGCAAUCUGAUAGGAUUUGGCUACCCAGCCUACAUCUCAAUUAAAGCUAUAGAGAGCCCCAACAAAGAAGAUGAUACCCAGUGGCUGACCUACUGGGUAGUGUAUGGUGUGUUCAGCAUUGCUGAAUUCUUCUCUGAUCUCUUCCUGUCAUGGUUCCCUUUCUACUACAUGCUGAAGUGUGGCUUCCUGCUGUGGUGCAUGGCCCCGAGCCCUUCAAACGGGGCAGAACUGCUCUACAAGCGCAUCAUCCGUCCUUUCUUCCUGAAGCAUGAGUCCCAGGUGGACAGUGUGGUUAAGGACCUGAAAGACAAAGCCAAAGAGACUGCAGAUGCCAUCACUAAAGAAGCCAAGAAAGCCACCGUGAAUUUACUGGGUGAAGAAAAGAAGAGCACCUAAACCAGUGACUGGAUGAAACCUUUCUGCCCUUUCUGUAUCUUCCAAUUAGAGCUUGAUGUUAUAUUAGA